AGAGUAGAAAUUAGAAUGGUUGGUUUGGCUUGAAGAACCAACAGCUCAAGUCGAGACGACAUGGCUAGCUAGUCAUUAUGGUGGGUGUUGCGUACCUGCCUAGUAGUGUUCAAUAAUUAUUUUCACCAGCUCUGACACCCUAGCUCAGUAGCUGUUCUGGUAUUGAUAUCAAUACAGUAAUCGUAAUUCGAUUUUAAUUGGACUUAUUGAUCGUUCCUUUUGGGGAUCAGCGGACGGUCAUUUCAGCUGCAGCAUGUCGGAUGAUUCGUAUGAUACUGUGAGUGGUGUCGUCAAGACAGUAAUUCACGGAGGAGGAGGUGAAGUUGCCCAGUGGAAAAAGAACACCAAGGUGCAGUUUCACUACCGCGCCAGUCGUCUGUGUGACGGCGGCAAAGACCUUUCCCAUUUCUGCGAUGAGUGCAAGCUGCUGGAUGACACACGGACAAUGGGCGGUGGACCGUUUGAGCUCCUAAUCGGACGCGAGUUCAAACUGCCCGUCUGGGAGUUGUGCCUGAAAAGCAUGCGCGUUGGCGAGGUCUCAGCCUUCAACUGUAACGUGCAGCACUGUAUCAACUACAGCUUUGUGUCGUCGCUGUGGCGCAACGUCUCGGCCAAGCGCCUGGGCCAGUCCGAUGUGCCGCCAGCACCGAGCACGGGCUGCUGUGCGAGCAUGAUGAACACAACGGGACACGCCGACCUGGACGAGUUCAACGCCGCACCCGCCGGCCUCCGCUUCCAGUUCGAGCUGGUCUCGGCGCUGGCACCGGACAAGCACGAGCGCGAGGGCUGGGCGCUGACGCGGGACGAGAAGGAGGUGCUGUUGCCGGCGCUGCGCGGCGAAGGCAAGCGCCUGUUCUCGGCCGGGGACUACGUCGGCGCGCUGGAGAAGUACCGGCUGGCCGUGUCCUACUGCCACGAUGUGACCAUGCUGGAUGUCCGCGCUUCGGAGCAUUGGAGCAGCGUGAUGUCCGGCGUAUGCGUGCCCCUGCUGGUCAACACCGCACUGUGCCUGAAGCAGCAGCGGGAGUUUGCGCAGGCCGCCGAGUGCUGCACGAAAGCGCUGGAGAUCAGCGGCGAGCACGUCAAGGCCACGUUUGUCAGGGCCACGGCGUUGCAGGGGUGCUGGCGUCUGGCGGAGGCACGCGCAGACUACUUACGAGCGCAGGAGCUCGACCCUGACCUGCAGGCUUCCGUGGCUAAGAAGCUUGCGGAGCUUGAUAGACUUGAGCAGGAGAAGACCGGUGCAGAGCGAACCCAGUACAGAAGGAUGUUUCAAAGCUGACUGUUGGUUAACUCAACUGUGUACUCUGACAGUGCUGGUGCUGCUGCU